AUGGCGGCUCCUCCCAUGGCUCAAACUCAGCUUGGUGCUGACAUGAAAGCGCCUCCCCCGGCCGCGACCGCAACGGGCCAACAAGAAGACUGCCCUACCUGCGUACGUCGGAGAAUUCGAUGCGACCGCUCUCUCCCAUUGUGCAUCAAAUGCUCGAAAAAGGGCCUAGCUUGUCCUGGCUACGGCCCUCGACUGAGGUGGGCCAAUGGUGUAGCCGUCCGUGGCCAUCUGAAAGGCCGAACGACGCCGUAUGUCGAAAAGGCGGUGAAGCCCAGUGCCUCGUCCAAAAACCCACCUUUUCCCAAGGCGACCAAAUCUCCAGAGACUGAAAGCAUACCUCGUCCGACGGCCUCGCUCAUCGAUCCGCUGGAGAGGCUGUUCCCGGGGUUCCCUGAGCCGGCUACUAGACUUCGCCUGUUAGAGCAUUACGAUCAGAAUAUUGCAGGCCUCAUGGUAUGGAUUGACUCAGACAAGAAUGAGUACCGCCGCCUAGUGUUACCUCUCGCCAAUCGUCAGCCGGUGCUCCUACUCGCUAUUCUGGCUAUUUCUGCACAGCAUCUUGCUGUCACAACCAACGUCGAGUCAGACUUUUCUGCUCGUGCCCGCGAUGCAGCGGUCACGAUGAUCUCCAGCCAGAUCCGACAGGUCACAGGCCGUCUCGCUGACGGGUUUGAUCUGGCCAGUGAGAUAGAUGUCGAUACUGCAGUUUGGAUGCUCGCUUCAAUGCUGACGCUUGCAUCUUAUGAGAUGGCAGAAUCGGAGUCAGGGGCCAUUGCGGCGGACUCCCACCGGCAGGCCGCCCGGACGCUGGUGAACGCUCUUGCAACGACAAAUCGUGAGAACAAUGACCUGUUCAAUUUUUUGAGAAAUCAACUCUCAAUCUACGACAUAUUGGCCUCCACCACGUCCUUCAAUUCCUUGAGCACUCGAGGAGCGAUACUGCCCGCCCCUGACCAUUCCAAGCACAUCUUUUCUGAGUACCUGUCCGUCCUGCAACAGAUCACGGUCAUGUCUUGGCAACAUUGGGGAAGCGAUUCGUCCACCGAACCAGGCGUCCGUAGGCUCCCCUGGUCGCCCGCCGAUGCCAGGGCUCGGUUUGAACUGGCUCGAGGGUCAACUUUGAUGGCUGCCGGACUAUUAGAACUGUGCUGGGAUGCCAGGCGGCGGGACUUCAUCCGGAUCGUCGACAUAUACCAUCACGCGGGCUUGCUGUAUACUUACAGAUGCCUCUUUCAAGGUCAUGUCGAUGCCGCUGAUGUCAGUGCUUCCGCCACAGUAUUGUUUGAGCGGCUGAGUCAACUUGAAGACCAUGCCAGCUGCAGACAGAACCUACCGUGGCCUGUCUUCAUCGCCGGAACCGAAUGCCGAGGCCAUCGGGAAAGGGAAACGUUCGUAGCCAACCUGUACGAAGGUAUUGCGAGGUGUAUGGGCUUCAAGCACUAUUUGGAGAUCCUUCACUUCUUGAAGGAUCUUUGGUCGUGUGAAGAUCACGAUUGGCUUGAAUUGGCACGCCGUUAUAGCGCCAACGGAAACCCGAUUCUGGCAGUGUGA